GCGAAGAAGAAGAAGAAACAGACGAGGGGCCGGAUUUUCUUUGUGGUCCACGCUUGAGCCUAAUUUUAAAUAAUAAAUUACUUUUAUCCGUUCUCCUUGUGUUUUCUCACCUAAUAAUCAAAACGUCGUACGCAAUGAGAGGAGACCGCGGCAGGGGCCGAGGAGGCCGCUUCGGAGCCCGUGGAGGGAUGGUGCAGGGGUACCGUCCAUUUGUUCCACAUAUCCCUUUUGAUCUUUAUGUGUGUGAGAUGGCGUUCCCCCGAGUGAAGCCAGCUCCUGAUGAGUCCACCUUCAGUGAAUGUCUGCUGAAGAGGAACCAGGACUUGAGCCCCACACCUGCUGAACAGUCCUCCAUCUUGUCUUUAGUUACGAAGAUCAACAACGUCAUCGACAACCUGAUAGUCGCACCUGGGAACUUUGAAGUGCAAAUUGAAGAGGUCCGUCAGGUGGGUUCAUACAAGAAGGGCACCAUGACCACAGGACACAACGUUGCUGACCUUGUUGUCAUCCUCAAAAUCCUCCCUACAUUGGAAGCAGUUGCUGCACUUGGUAACAAAGUAGUGGAGACUCUUCGCACCGUGGACCCCACAGAAGUUCUGUCCAUGCUGACCAAUGAGACGGGGUUUGAGAUCAGCUCAGCUGAUGCUACUGUCAAGAUCCUCAUCACCACCGUUCCACCCAACCUGCGCAAGCUGGACCCAGAGCUUCACUUGGACAUUAAGGUGCUGCAGAGCGCUCUGGCUGCCAUCCGUCACGCCCGCUGGUUUGAGGAGAAUGCGUCUCAGUCAACAGUCAAAGUGCUGAUCCGACUUCUGAAGGACCUCAGACUGCGCUUCUCUGGUUUUGAACCUCUGACUCCAUGGAUUCUGGACCUGCUGGGUCACUCUGCGGUGAUGAACAACCCGUCCAGGCAGCCCCUGUCCCUGAACGUGGCCUACAGGCGCUGCCUUCAGAUGCUAGCUGCUGGUCUCUUUCUGCCUGGCUCUGUGGGCAUCACGGACCCCUGUGAAAGUGGGAACUUCCGAGUUCAUACAGUCAUGACUCUGGAGCAGCAGGACCUGGUGUGUUUCACAGCUCAGACUCUGGUCAGGGUUCUCUCUCAUGGAGGCUACAGGAAGAUCCUCGGCCUGGAAGGAGACGCCAGUUACCUGACAGCAGAGAUGUCCACGUGGGACGGGGUGAUCGUCACGCCCUCAGAGAAGGCCUACAUCAAACCUCUGGAGAGGAAGGAGGACGAUGACGAAGCUCUGGAGGAGGGAGGAGACGGGGAGGAUGAGAGUAUGGAGACGCAGGAGUGAAGAGUGAAUCUUGGUUCCACAGUCGAAGCGUUUGGUUCUGGCCACAAAGUCUCACCUGAAUGCAUCUUUUGUGUUUUCAUAAAAAAUUGUUUUUUUUUAUUGUUACUGUGAUGUUUUAUCAUCUACUUCCUUUUUGGGAAAAAAAUGGAAUAAAGUUGUUUUCAGUUGUG